GCGUGACCUAGCCUUCCGAAUAAUCUCACUGCGCCUCCGCCGCCUUUCUUGGCACUCUUCGCUUAUUCGCCGUCUCGAAAAUAGCAGAUCUAAUCUCCCGCUUGUGCUUGCCGCUUCCUCACCCUCACCAGGCGCAUCCGACUAGAUCCUCCGCUGGUAAAGCAGCGUAAGGGAUAAUUAGGAAUUGGAGGCACGCAGGCGAUUGCUGCAGUCAGACUAGUCGGAGAGAUUCGAUCAGUUGGACUUUGGAGAGGAUGAAUACUCGGUUUGUGAAUUUGAUAGUGCAGGACUUGAGCCGUCGCAUGUAUUCGCUGCAUCGCCUGGAUCCCAUAAAGUACCUCUUCUAUCCGUCAACAGAAGCACGAAAAGCAGCACUAGCAAAAACGGAGAAAAACAAACCACCUAUGCUAGAGCGCUUGUCGGUUCUGCCUAAGCCGGAAAUCAAUUUUCAUCCCAUGUCUAGUUUAACACAUAGUAGUAUGAACAGGGAUUCGUUCUCUCUACUUGGAAAAGACAGUAUUGUUUUCAGUGACUCCUUUAGUAAGACGAUACUCUACAACAUUGACCUGGGAACUGUUGCAAGCAUCCCUCGUAUCAAUUCAUGCAUGGUUCCUUUUGGCAUGAGCCUCCCCAUGAUCCAAGACAAUCUUGUUGACCGGACAGAAGAUCAAUCUCUCUAUGUUAUGGACCUGUCACGUGACGCCAACAUCAGCAGCUGCUUCGAGGUCCUUAGAUGCGACAAUGGUUGGGGCUGGCAUACUUUGCCGGCGCCGCCAUUCCUCACUCACAAUCCUUCCUUCCAAAGAACCAUCAACAGGUGUUGCUACAUGGUGGUCGACAGCUCCACCAUCUGCAUAUCAUCUAUGGAUCAGGUCAUAGGCACGUACACCUUCGACACAGUGAGUCGUGUAUGGAGACAGGUUGGCAAAUGGGUACUACCCUUCUAUGGCAAAGCUGAGCAUGUCCCUGAGCUCAAACUCUGGUUUGGCCUCUCAGAAUGCAAUGGCUCUCCCAGGUUAUGCGCCCUGGACCUCUCUGCCAUGGACGCUGAGCAGCCACCAACACUGCAGCAUACUUGGGAUUAUCUUGAUCUGUUUGAGGAUAAGAAGACGGUGAUAUCUGAAAACCAUCUGGUUAACUUGGGCUCUGGCAUGUUUUGCAUUGCCACGCUCCUUAGGACUAUUCUGCACACAUUUAGCCCAGACUCCCCAUGCUCUUCAGGUGAGGAAAUUAUGAUGGAUAUGAUGGAUGGGGAGUUUAUUUUCUUAACUGGUGUGGAAGUAGAGAGAUGCUGCAACGAAGGUCAGGCUCCUUUCAAGAUGAUCAAGCACAAGUCUAUAUAUUAUGACUUGAAACACUGUACCAUAAAGUCCGUGCUCUAAGCAAGUUUUUGGGUCACAUGGAUGCUGCUCCUUGGCACGCUUCUCUCACAUUCACUCUCUUGCCAUGGCAAGUCCUUGGAAUAACUCCGAUGGACCUUAGUAUUGUAGCGUGCUAUAGAUCAUUUUGUGGUCUUAUUAUUUUAUUGGUUACUGCUUCAAAGGCUUGCCUAAUUUAUCUGUACGCUUUGUUUGUUUAAGGAAAUGUAUGAGACGCUCAGUGAUUUUCAUUUUUGCUUUUAUUUUCUAUCAGUACAGUUAACUA